AUGUCUUCAGCUCCUGAGCAAUCAUGUAAACCAAGUGGUGACUGGUCUCAGUUAUUAUUGAAUAAAGUUGUUAUUGUUACUGGUGCUGGUGGAGCUAUUGGAGCUGCAAUUUCACAUUGCUGUGUAUUGCACGGUGCACGUGUUGCUAUAGCCGAUAUCAAUAAAAACGCAGCUGAUGCAGUAGUAACAAAAAUUAUCACGGAUGAUCAAACACAAAAAGACAAUGUGAUGGGAAUUGAACUUGAUGUAACUGAUGAGCAAGCAAUACAAAAAGCAGUAAAAUCCGUUGUAGAUAAAUGGAAUAGAGUCGAUGUACUUGUCAAUAACGCUGCUAUUUUUACUUUGUGCUCAAUUGAAGAUGCAUCAGCAGAAGCAUGGUCAGAAAUAUUCAACGUCAACGUACGUGGUUAUGCCCUCAUGGCUAAAGCUGUUGUUCCUUUAAUGAAAAAGCAACGAUCUGGAUCAAUUAUUCAAAUGGCUAGUAUCAGCAGUUGGGUUGCUCAACCAAACUUUGUACCUUAUAGUACAACAAAAGGAGCUGUUCUACAAAUGACACGUAAUUUAGCACUUGACUUGGGCUCAUUCAAUAUAAGAUGUAACUCUAUUUGUCCUGGUACUAUACUUACACAAGCUACAACUACUCAUGCGGCUAAUUUACAGCUAACAAUGGAUGAAUUCACUGCAGCAGAAGUAAAAAAACAAUGUUUAAAACGAUUGGGCUCACCUGAAGAGAUAGCUAACCUAACAGUAUUUCUUGCUUCAGAUCUAUGCCAUUUCGCAACAGGUGCUAGCUUUUUAGCCGAUGGAGGUUAUACAACUAUUUAG